GAUGUCCAAUUCGAACCAAUUGUCACUCUAGCUCCAGUUGAGGUUAAAACUAAUGAAGAAAAUGAAAGUGUUUUAUUUGCUGAGAGAGCUAGGCUAUACAGGUUUGACAAGGCAAAUGAUCCUCCCGAAUGGAAAGAACGUGGAACUGGUGAAGUUAAAAUUCUAAUAGGAAAUGAAGACAAUAAAAAAAGGAUUGUUAUGAGACGUGAUAAAACAUUAAAAGUUUGCUGUAACCAUUAUGUCUCUCCGGAUAUGAAAUUAAUACCAAGUGCAGGAAGUGAUAAGGCCUGGGUCUGGACAACGUCGUGUGAUUUUGCUGAUGAAGUAUCAACACCUGAAAAUCUGGCAAUACGAUUUAAAGAUUCAACUAUUGCUUGUAGAUUUAAGGAUGUAUUCGAGACUGCUGAACCUUCGACAUCCGAAAAAGAUGAAAGUAAGGAUGUUGCAGAUAGAUUAGAGGGACUAAGUGUAGCGGAAUCGAAAGAAAGCGCU